AUGUUCAACGCCCUAACAUGCCCAAAACGCGGGCUGCCACGCGCAUUACUUUUGGAGAGCGGCCAGGGUCUAAUCGAGGCGGCGCAGCUCAGAAAUGCCACACAGACCAUCCCUGCACUGGUUGGCGCUGCGUGGGUGCGGCACCGCUCUCUGUUCGAGACGUCGCCGUCGCCACCGCACGUCCAUCAGACGCCCAUCAUGAACGCGCUGCAGACCCACUUUUGGGCGGUGCGCGAGUACCUGUCGCCAGUGCUGCGCGAGUCCAAGUUCAAGGAGCACGGUCGAAUCACUCCAGAUGAAUUCGUGGCGGCAGGCGACUUUCUCUCGUACAAGUUCCCCACGUGGCAGUGGUGCGCCGGCAGCCCGUCCAAGGCGCGCGACUAUCUGCCCAAGGACAAGCAGUUCCUCAUCUCGUGCGGCGUUCCCUCGCUGCGCCGUGUCAGCCAGAUCGAAAAGGGCGUCGGCGUCGGCGUCAAGGACGACGACGAGCGUCUCAUGAGCUUUGCCGACGGCGACGAGGGCACUGACGACGACCAGUGGGUCGCCACCCACUUUGACGCCAACAAGAGCUCCAGCAGCGGCGUAGCCGACAUGAUCGACAUUCCCGACAUCGGCGAGGACCAAUCAGCUCCCGAACACCAGCUCACCGAGGGCCAGGAGGACGACCUGGCCGCACGUGUCGCUGGUAUCAGCGUUGGCGGCCACAACACCGUGCCGCCAUCUACAUACGCCGGCGAGAUCGGCGACAUCCCAGACAUCCCCGACAUUCCAGAUAUGGACGAUGAGGCGGACGACCUUGCGGGCGGCGUCGAGGAGGAGGACGAUCCUGCCACUGCCGCUGUGUCUGCUGCAGGCGCGAAUGCAUCGGCGGCCGACAACGGAAAGCUGCUCUCGGUGCGCAAGUACGACUGCAUCAUCACGUACGACAAGUACUACCAGACGCCGCGCAUGUGGCUGGUCGGCUACGACGAGCACGGCGUUCCGCUCAAGCCUGCGCAGAUCUUUGAGGACGUCUCGUCGGACUAUGCGCAGAAGACGGUGACCAUCGAGCCGUUUCCGCACGGUCAUGCGGGGCCGGACAGCUCGGCGGCGUCGUCGUCGGCGAGUGCGGCGGGCGUGGCGACGGCGAGCAUCCAUCCGUGCAAGCACGCGAGCGUGAUGAAGAAGGUCAUCGAGCGCAUGAACGCCAGCGUUAUCGAGGAGCAGCGCAAAGCAGCAGCAGCGGGAGAUGGUGGAGGUGCACCCGCGGCGGAUAAGAAGAAGAAGAAGGCAUGGAGCGUCGCAAGUGCCGUCAAGCGCGUCACGGGCAGCACGGGUGACGAGGCACCAGCCGCGGCGCAGUCAGAAGGCGCAGAUGCUGCCGAGGAGGAUGUACAGGGUCUGAGGGUCGACCAGUACAUGAUCAUCUUCCUCAAGUUCAUGGCGUCCAUCGUGCCCGCCAUCGAGAUAGACGCCACACAGGCACUCUAG